AUGAUCACAUUGAAAUGUGCCGCUGAUCGUCUUUCAGGUAUCUCUGGCCUAACAUUAGAAGUCACAUUUGUGUUUGCCUCAUUGGCAACAGGCCUCAAGGACGAUAUCAUUCUCAAGCAGCCGGCUACAUACAACAUACGUGAGCCACCCUUGUUUCUUCCUCCUAGCAUUGUCGCUUUUCUGAGCAUUGCCUGCAAAUUGUCACCAGCAUCUGUGAAGGUGUGCUGGAGGGUCCUGAAGAGUAGUAUCUGGGCCGGCAAUUUUACCGCUGAACGAAUCACUUUGAUAGCACAACGCACAUUCUAUCCACCGUUCAAGAUGUGUCCCAAUUCUACCUGUGAUCGCACACGAAAAGGCUUGCUGCUCAGCAAGGCCGAACAGCGCAAAGCAGUCUACUUUGGCCACUCCGGUACAGUCCCUGCCUACAGUGUUCAACUGUAUUGUGAAUCCUGCAAGACAACUUAUCACACGAACUAUAAGGUCGUUGGUGACCGACACAUUUACUAUGAUUACAUCACUGCACUGCCAGACAUCGUGCAGAUUGCGGAUCACUACUUCGUUGACUAUCAAAUAGCGAGGUUAUGGAAGGCCAUGAUGCACGCUUCCUGCACAUCAGCAACCAACUGCGCAUACAUAUAUAACAUUGCACUUGCAAAUGCAGAGUCCACACAGUUCCCGGGCACAAAAUGGUUCGCCAAGGAUGUAACAAUGGACCAUGUUUGGAACGCCUUCAUCAUUUGCACACUCCUUGAAGAUUGCCGUGAACACCAUUGUGUCCUCAAUGUCGGUCAGACCAUCAACCAGAACGAGCGCUUUGUUGAGGCAAUGUCAGACAGGAACCGACGCAUGCGGAUCUAUAACCAACCACUUGCUCGUUGGCACUUUUGUGUUAAGUGUACCCGGAUUUACAAUCAUGGUGAUACUGGUAUAUAUACAUCCUGUGGUGUUGUUCUGCGCUCACGUUUUUACAGCCAACAAACUGGUUUCUGUCGUUGUGGUGGAUGGCGUUGUUGUGAGCCUGACCCACAGCCCUGUGAGAACCAGGAGUCAGCGACCAAAUGCAAAAUGACAUGCACAACUCACCAGGCACCCAAAUUGACACCAUGCAAAUUCAAGAUGAUGGGGGAUUCUUAA